AUGGGUGUAAAGUGUCUUGUAUGUCCUAACAAGUAUGGUCCCUCGUCAACUGUUACUCUUCAUAGAUUUCCAAUGGAGAAGGAAAGAUUUUGUAAGUGGGUUAUAAUCUGCCGACGUCCUGAUCUAUUGGAAAAGGGUCCAGAAAAGUGUUAUCGAACAUAUAAACUAUGCUCAGAACAUUUUGUCAAAUCAGAUUUCAACACUAAUAAACGCUUAAAUUGGAAUGCCGUGCCUUCUGUAUUUAACUGGCCUGACGAGAAGUCGAAACAAACCGACAGUGUAAAAAUUAUUCCUGAGGAGUCCACUCCUUGUACUAAAACUGAGUCUCUAUCCUCCAACAUGUCUUGUACAACUUCCAAAAGCAACAGUUCAACUUCUGAAACUCAAACAAAUCUAGCUCUAUCAAACAACACACCAGAAAAAACUAAACUUCAUAAAAUGCUAAGUAUCCAAAAAAAUUUAUUUAAUGAUCUUCAUAAAAAAUUCCUUACAUUAAAAAAACAUUGUUCUGACCAAGAAAAAAAGUCUUCAACAUUAGAGUUUUUCCAUUUAAUGUGCGACAAUUUUCUCAAUAAAGGUUUUUCUAAUUUUGUUAAAGUCCAGUCCAAACUAACAUUGCAAGAUCCCCAUGGACAUUCAUAUGACUUUUCUUAUGAGACAAAACAAUUCGCACUCAUGGUAUAUUUUUUAGGUCCUUCAGUAUUUCGAUUGCUUCAAAAAUCUUGGUGUUUGCCAUCUGUUAGAACUUUGCAAAAAACUACAGAUAAUUGGGAAAUUAAUCCUGGUUUAAAUGACUUUUUGUUUAAACUUCUAGCAGUAAAAGCAAACUCUAUGAAAAUGAAGUCUAAAGAAUGUAUCUUGUGUGUAAAUGAAAUGUCGCUUAAAUCUUUUCUUUUCUUUGAUUACAAAAGAGAUCAAAUAACAGGUUUUCACAACACAGGUUCUAUUAAAUCUUGCGAUGUUGCAAAAUCAGUUAUAAUCCUUAUGAUCCGUGGUCUACAUACUUCUUGGAAACAACCUAUAGGUUAUUUUUUUGUUGCUUCUACUUGCACUGGGUAUGAUCUGCAAAAUAUAAUCUUCCAAGCUGUCCAAAAGUUGGCCAAUAUCUCUAUUAAUGUAUUAGUCAUGAUUUCUGAUUUAAGUUCAAGUUGUAAGCGCUUUGCAGAUCAACAAUCUAUUACCCCCCAUACCCCUUACUUUAAUGUUGGUGAAAAAGAAAUUGUUUACAUGUAUGAUCCACCUAAUUUAUUAAAAGCAACUAGAAAUCACUUUUUCGAGUAUCGUUUCAAAUCUCUAAACAAAAUAGCAGAAAAAGUUCAUCUUACCAAUUUUUAUGAUUCUGAUAAUAGUAAACAAAAUCGAUUAGCACCUAAAUUAACAAAAGUUCAUUUAAAUCCUGAUAGUUUUCAAAAAUUGAGUUGCAAAUUAGCUUCUGACAUUUUUAAUCAUACAGUGGUUGCAGGGAUGACUACUCUAGUUUCUUAUGAUGAAUUACCACAUAAUGCCCUCGAUACGAUUGAUUUCUUAGAUUCCAUGAAUAAACUGUUUGAUUUAUUUAAUUCACAUCCCAUUCCUACCGAGGUUUCUAAUCGUGAAGAAUUAAGACGUUAUUCAUUACCAUUUUCAAACUCUUAUUAUCAAAAAUACUUUUUAAAUCUAAUGUUUAAUUAUUUUUUAAAUUUAGAAAUUCAAAAAUUUAAUGCUAAGAAAAAUGAUUGGGAAAAUAUAUCUAGACACUAUAAAAUAAAAUUUAUUAAUGGCUGGUUAAUAUCAAUCGCUGGAUUAAAACGUCUUUAUCAAAAUUUAUCUCAUGAAAAUCAUUCCAAAGUAGAUUCAAUAUGUACGUACAGGUUAAAUCAAGAAUGCUUAAAAGAAUUUGAUUUAACUGUACGAAAUCGAAAUGGAAAUAUCAUACAUCCUACACCCAUUCAAUUUAAACGUAUUUUUAAAAAACUUUUUUGUUGUGAUUACUUUGAGCAGUAUGAAGGUUCUAACUGUAUUCAAGAUUUAGAUGAUAUUUUACUUAGGCUUGAAAAUACUCCUACAAGUGAAAUUAAAAUACUUUUCCCAGAUAAAAAUCUUUUUCAAUUUCCAUUACCUAUUAGAAACAUUAAAAAUUACAAACAAAUUAAUUUACCUGAUCAAAAUGCUUUGACAUACUUUUGCGGAUACUUAAUGGGGCAAUGUUUAAAAGUUCAUCAAUGUUCAACUUGUUUAAAUUUUGCACAAGCAACUACUUCAUUAUCCAGUGAAACUUUUUAUUCUCAUUUUACAACAUAUGGAGAAAAUCCUACUUUAUUAUUCCGUGAUUUAAUUAUUCCGAAUUCUACUUUUUAUCAGUAUAUUGUCCAAAUUAAUCAAGUUUUUAAUAGGCAUUUUAUUUCAUUAGCUCCUCAGCCUAAUGUGGGUAAGACUCUUAGAGAUUUAAUUUUAAAUACAAUUUUUUUCUACCAUCCGUGUGAUAAUUUCCCUAAAGAUUUCUUAAUAAACCUGUUCUUAAGAUUUCGAAUAUACAAUUCAUUAAAAAGAACCAACAAGGAAUCUCUAGAAUUACGUAAUGAUGAUAAAAACAAAAAAGUUAAAAUUCUUUCAAAUUUAUAA